AUGAAGUUGUUCACAGCACCCAAGUCAUCCCAUCGAAACUGGACAGACCAUUUUCUGUACUUGACGGCCGUCAGUGACGCCUGUGGAGGUGCAGACAACCUUGUGCUGGACAACAUCGUCCAUUAUGCUGACCCACACAUGCGAACGACGAUGUUGUCCAUAUUGGACAUUCAUCGCACCGAUUACCUGCGGCAAGCAGAAGAGUUGGCGCAAUUUGCCCAAUCGACGGAGGUGGACACUCACUCGAAGAGUUUUGGACGCGAUGUGGUGAACACUGUCGAGGUUGCGCAGGAGUUCAAGGACAACCACAAAUCAAGACCGUCGCUACCACGCACCGACACCCGGACUUGUUUCAAAUGUGGAGAAGUGGGUCACAUUCGUUCGAGGUGCCCCAAAAUGAAGAAGAAGCCCUCGGGUGCGAAUUUCGUUUUCGCGGUUGGUCGCGGUGCGAGUCGCUCGCCCGGACAAUGGAUUCUCGACAGCGGUUCGAGUAGACAUUUGGUCAAUGUUCCGAGUCUGCUGACUGAUCCGAUUGAUUGUCGCAGCGAGUGCAUGACUGCAGCCACUGAUGAAAGUGCGCUGCGCAUCACCCUUCAAGGUACUGUGGACAUUCAUGUCGUCGCUUGGAGUCGUCAACACAAUGAGACUCCUCAAUGUACAGUACGCGGAAAACCUUGA